AUGGUUUUUGGAUUAAUCGAUUUGAAUACUGUGAACACCGACGACGAGACGUCGUCGUUCGAUUCACCUUCGUCUUCGUCCGGGAAUUCGGAAUUGCCUGCGUCCGCGGUCUGUAUGGAGCUGUGGCACGCUUGCGCAGGUCCCUUGAUUUCGCUGCCCAGAAAAGGGAGUGCCGUCGUAUACUUUCCUCAGGGGCACUUGGAGCGUAUCUCUGAUCACAGUGCCUUAGCUUCUGAUCUUCCUCCUCACGUUUUCUGUCGGGUUGUUGAUGUUAAACUCCAUGCGGAGGCAGCUAAUGAUGAGGUUUAUGCACAAGUUUCUUUGGUUCCAGACAAUGAGAUUGAGCAGAAAUGGAAGGAAGGGGAAAUUGAAGCAGAGGGGGACGAAGAAGACACUGAAUGUGCUGGGAAGUCUAUAACGCCCCAUAUGUUCUGUAAGACUCUCACUGCUUCUGAUACUAGCAGUCAUGGUGGUUUCUCUGUUCCUCGUCGAGCUGCAGAGGAUUGCUUUCCUCCCUUGGACUAUGAACAACAGAGGCCUUCACAGGAGCUCGUAGCUAAGGACUUGCAUGGGACUGAGUGGAAAUUUCGGCAUAUCUAUAGAGGGCAGCCUCGCAGGCAUUUGCUUACCACUGGUUGGAGUGCAUUUGUCAAUAAGAAGAAGCUUGUGUCUGGAGAUGCUGUGCUUUUUUUAAGAGUUGCUGAUGGAGAACUCAGACUAGGAAUCCGAAGAGCUGCUCAAGUUAAAAUUGCAACUGCUUUUCCAGCUCCAUACGGUCAACAGUUUACUUCAAGUAGCAUGGCUGCUGUAGCACAUGCCAUAUCUACUCGAAGGGUGUUUAAUAUUUGUUACAAUCCAAGGGCCAGUUCAUCGGAGAUCAUUGUACCUUAUCAUAAAUUUUUAAAGAGCCUUGCACAUUCCUUUUCUGCUGGAAUGAGAUUCAAAAUGCACUUCGAAACUGAAGAUGCAACAGAGAGAAGGUGCAGUGGUCUUGUUAUUGGUGUCGGUGAUUUGGAUCCUGUUAGAUGGCCAGGUUCAAAAUGGAGGUGCUUAUUGGUGAGGUGGGAUGAUAUGGAAGGUAAUCGGCAUACUAGGGUGUCACCUUGGGAGAUCGAACCAUCUGGUUUGGCAUCUGGACCCAGCAGCUUUUUGGUACCUGGUACAAAGAGAACUAGGGGCAGCUUGCCAACAACAAAACCUGAUUUUCCAAUUCAAGGAGAUGGGAAUGAAGCUUCGGAUUUUGGGGAACCUUCAAGGUUCGAGGUCUUGCAAGGUCAAGAAAUUUUUUGUUAUAGUACUCUGCAUGGUGGUCAAGCUCAAAGUCAAUGUCUAUCAAAAAUGAGGUGCUUUCCUGGAUUUAGAAGUUCAAUGAUUUCUGGAGUAGGCGGCAACGUUAGGCAUCUUCAGGAAGGCUCAGAGACCCCCUCUGCAGGCACAGGGUUUGUUGAAUCGUCUCGAUUCCGUAAGGUCUUGCAAGGUCAAGAAACUUCCUCUAGCCCGCCAUAUGGAAGAGGCCCAGCUGCUAACCAAUUCCGGGAAAACAGCGGCAGUGUUCAAUUGCCAAAUUAUGGAAGUAAUUGGUCUGCUCAAGUUCAGGGAUAUACUCAAAUGCGCCAUUCUGCACAGUUGGUACAGGCUUCAUCACCUUCUUCUGUGCUGUUGUUUCAGCAACCCAACUCUCCACCAUGUAACUUGCAAGCUUUGCAUUUGCAUCAGAAGAGGCGUGAGACUAGCAGUCGGGAUUCAGUUGACUUUGACAGAUAUGCUAGGGAGUGUACACCAUUUCAGAGUGGCUCUGCGCUGGAAGAUGUGCAACGAAAUGGACCCUCAGGUCAACCAGAAGGGAAUAACCAAAUUGAAUCUUCAUACCCAAGUGGCAGUCAAAAUUUGGUUUCCACGUGUAAAAAGGGCUGCAGGCUCUUCGGUUUUUCCUUGAUUGAUGGAAAACAUGGGGCAAGUAAGGAGGAGGACAAUUCAACUGAAUCAACAACUUCAUAUAACCAUGGAAAUAUAUUUCUCGCGUGCAAUGAAGAGCAGGUUCAUCCAAGUCCUCCAGUGCCAAUCAAGCUUUCCCUCAAGGUUAAAGCGAGCGAAGACUCGUCGAAUGGAUCUGGGAGGUAUCUUUUCUUUAUUGGUCGCCAUGGAAGUGCAGAAAAACCAGACACAGGAGGCUGUUGGGACAUUGCAAUAAGGCGCCAUCCCAAAUUAUCUAUUGUGAGGAUAUGA